AUGCUCCAGAAAAGAAAACGUGCCGCCAUGAUACACGUAGCAGAUGUCCAUGGACGGAGGUUGGAAGGAGCACUAGUUGAGGUGGAGCAAAUUUCAAGAGAGUUUCCUUUCGGAUCUGCAAUUGCCAGCACUAUCCUUGGAAAUUUGCCAUACCAGAACUGGUUUGUGGAGCGGUUCAAUGCUGCAGUAUUCGAAAACGAACUCAAGUGGUACGCAACAGAACCUCAGCAAGGAAUUGUCAACUACACAGUGCCAGAUCAGAUGUUGGAAUUUGCUCGUGCCAACCAAAUCAUGGUCAGAGGUCAUAACAUAUUCUGGGAGAACCCCAAGUAUUCACCUUCGUGGGUUCUCAAUCUCACCGGACCAGAGCUGAAGGUGGCUGUCAACUCACGCAUACAAAGUUUAAUGUCUCAAUACAAGAGUGAGUUCAUACACUGGGAUGUGAGCAAUGAAAUGCUUCAUUUCGACUUCUACGAGCAAAAACUCGGUCCGGAUGCCAGUCUGCAAUUUUUUGAAACAUCCCAUCAAGCAGACCCUUUAGCCACCUUGUUUAUGAAUGACUAUAAUGUGGUGGAGACUUGUUUUGACAUGAACUCCACCGUGGAUGCCUACAUAUCGAGGUUGAGAGAACUCGAGAGAGCCGGAGUUUCAAUGGACGGAAUUGGCCUAGAAAGUCACUUCACCAUUCCAAACCCUCCACUAAUGAGGGCAAUACUGGAUAAAUUGGCAACACUAAACCUUCCAAUUUGGCUUACAGAGGUAGACAUCAGCAAUACACUCGAUGAACAAACUCAGGCUAGGUAUCUUGAAGCGGUUCUGAGAGAGGGCUUCUCACAUCCUUCUGUAAAUGGCAUUAUGCUCUGGACAGCAUUACAUCCUAAUGGGUGUUAUCAAAUGUGCUUAACGGACAACAAUUUUCGCAACCUCCCAGCCGGGGAUGUUGUUGACAAUCUCCUCAAAGAAUGGCAAACUGGGGCGGUCGAGGGUCAAACAGAUGAUCAUGGUUCAUUUAGUUUCUACGGAUUCUUUGGUGAAUACAAGGUAACUGUUUGCUACGGCAACAGAACAGUCACCUCAACAUUCUCCCUUUGUCAAGGUGAUGAAACGAGACAUCUAAACAUUCAGCUGUAAAUCUUAGUAACAUCAACCAAUUACUAGAAUGGACUUCAUA